AUGGCAACGUGGAUGACACUUGCUGUCGCCUCGAGCGCCACGAGCGUCGGCUUGGCGCUCUACGUACUCCACCUGCGCGCUUCGCUGCGCGAAGCAGCGACACGCAACGACACGCUCUGGACAGCAGAGGAUCUCGUUGCCGCGCGUCGCAGUAUCUUCCCAAUGGACUACGACCACGACCGCCGCGUGCCCCGUGCCGUGUUGGACAAGAUGUUGGAGGGCGCGAACUGGGCGCCCACUCACGGCCGGACAGAGCCGUGGCGCUUUGUCGUGUUUGCUUCGUUACCCAAGCGCCAGGAGCUCGGGGAGUUCUUAGCGAGUGUUUAUCGAACGACUGUCCCGUCUCAGAAAGUACUUGACUCAAAGUAUAGGAAACUCGUAAAUAACUGCACAACGUCGUCGUAUGUGGUCGCCAUUUGUCUUAAACGACAGAAAAGCCGAAAAAUUCCCGAAUGGGAAGAACUGUGUGCUGUGGCUUGUGCCGUGCAGAACAUGCACUUGGUGGCCACGGCACACGGCGUGGGCGCGUACUGGAGCUCGGGGGCCAUUAGCACCGAGUCACAGGAAAUGAAAGAAUACCUGCAAUUAAGCGAGGCCGACAAGUGUUUGGGACUCUUUUACGUGGGUGCACCGAACCCACGUGCGGUGAUUGCCAAGGGCGUGCGCAAACCGAUUGAGGAGAAAGUCAGCUGGCGUGAGUAA